AUGCCAUUGAUACAGUGGGAAGAGACUUGGGCCUUCGGACUUGGUGAGCACGUUGUAAUCAGUCGACCUCCUCUCGGCGCGUCGGUCAGCUGGAACAGCGCCCUCAACGCCCGAUACCGCACAAGCCCCUUCACCAUCGCCUCGCUCCCAGAGAGAGAUAGAAGGCUGGUUCUCAUUUCACGCACCCGGCGCGGCAAUACGAAGCGACUUUCGGAUAUCGCACGGCUACUGUUAUUGGAUGCUGACACUCGAGUCCCCCCGUACAUUCCACUGACCGCCGAAGGGCCAUACCCGGGUGAUCUAGCUACAGCAGAUCUUCGAAAGUUCUCGCGCGUGCUUAUCGUAGCCGGUGGCGUAGGUGCAACCUUUGGAUUUCCGAUUUUCCGAAGCAUGUCGUACGAUAGUGUGAAUGGGCGCGCCGUGGGCGGUAAAAUUCAGCGCCUACAGUUCGUGUGGGCGGUCAGGGAGCCUGCCGAGGCGGCAUGGGCAUUCUCAGAAGAAUUCAUGGAGUCGGAAAGGCGAAGGGUGUGGGAAACAGGGCACAAGGUUGAGUUGUACAUCACUGGUCGUGCUCGUGGAGAUGGUGAAGGGGCGGAUGCAGAUGCAGCACUCCUAGGUGACAUCGAGCUUGCGGAAGAAGGGGAACCGAUAUGGGAUGAGGAUCUGUUACGUAGUUAUGGCGACACAAGUGUAGUUAGGCAUGGUCGCCCCUGUCUGAAAGAGAUCGUCAGGGAACAGCUUUCGAGCAACUCGGAUGACAGUCUAGCACUGCUAGUAUGCGGCCCCACGGGGAUGGUUUCGGAGUUGAGGCAUCAGGCUGGAAAUUGGAAAAACAGAGGGCGACACGUGUACUGGCAUGCUGAGCAGUUUUCAAACUAA